AUGGCGACCGUGGAGAAAGAUAGCUCUCUCCGAACGGCUUUGAUCGCCUAUGGCUCAGAGACGGGCAACUCCCAGGAUGCGGCAGAGGAGAUCGGCCGGCUGACGGAGCGGCUGUACUUCAGGACAAGAGUAGCUGAGCUUGAUGCCCUGCAGCCUAGGGACUUGUAUGGCUACCGGUUUACUGUCUUUGUAGUGCCGACUACCGGACAAGGAGAUUUCCCUGCCAAUGGGCGCAAGUUCUGGAGAUCGCUGCUCCUGAAAAGACUGCCUCCUACGUUCCUGCAAGGGGUCAGCUUUGUUCUCUUUGGGCUGGGGGAUAGCUCCUAUCCAAAGCGGCUACUACAACUAGGAGCAAGCGAGCUAUAUCCGCGCGGGGAAGCAGAUGAGCAGCAUCCAGAGGGGCUUGAAGGGACCUUUUUGCCCUGGUCUCUGGACUUGCGGAAGCAUCUUCUUGACAAGUUCCCUCUGAAGGAAGGACAACAUCCUAUUCCUGAUGAUUUCCGUCUACCACCCAAAUGGAUUCUAGACCAUUAUGACUUGAAGGACGAAGAUGGGGAUACUAGACCAAAGCAACCGUCUAGAGCCAAGGAGGCCAAUUCUCCGGAUCAUGAUACCCGCCCACUCCCAGGGUCCAUUUCGGCAACACUUACAGACAACACUCGAAUGACGCCGUCAGACCACUGGCAGGAUGUUCGACAUUUGGUUCUAACUGCCUCGGAGUCAAUAAACUAUGCACCGGGGGAUAUACUCCACAUCACUCCUCGGAAUUUCCCCCAGGAUGUAGAUAGACUUAUAUCACUGAUGGGCUGGGAAGAACAAGCCGAUAUACCUCUACAGUUUGUGACUGGCGAUGGCUCCCUUGCGUCAGCCUCGGUCUCUGCACCGUCAAUUCCCUUCUUGCUUGGUUCACCUGGUUUCACUCUCCGCACGCUUCUUACCGACUAUCUAGACAUCAUGGCCAUUCCCAGACGGUCAUUUUUCAGUCAGAUUGCCCAUUUCACAAGUGACGAGAUGCACAAAGAGCGACUUUUAGAGUUCACGAAUCCAGAGUACAUAGAUGAGUUCUACGACUAUACCACCCGGCCGAGACGAAGCAUACUGGAGGUCUUGGCUGAGUUUGAUACCGUUAAGAUUCCAUGGCCAUCGGUCUGCUCCGUUCUGCCGGUGCUUCGAGGAAGACAGUUCAGUCUGGCAAGUGGCGGCAAGCUCAAGACCUCGGCGCGUGGGGGUACACGCUUUGAGCUGCUGGUUGCCAUUGUCAAGUACCAGACUGUGAUCAAGAGGAUCCGCCAAGGGGUUUGUACGCGGUAUCUAGCUGCUUUGCAGCCUGGAAGCACGCUGAAAGUGCAGGUGCAAAAGGGGGGACUCCAUUCUUCAGCCAAACAGCUCUCUGACCCAUCUGUGUUAAUUGGUCCCGGAACAGGCGUUGCUCCAAUACGGUCACUGCUGUGGGAAAAAGCGGCGAUGGCCGAGGAGUACAAGAAGAACCAGAACCGCGGUCCAGACGAGCAGCCCUUGACUCUUGGGCCUGUGAUACUGCUGUACGGUGGGCGCAACAAGGCAGCAGAUUACUUCUUUGAAGGUGAGUGGGAAGAGCUCAAGGCCCAGCUCAACUUGAGGGUGAUCACGGCCUUUUCGCGAGACCAGAAGAAGAAGUACUAUGUUCAAGAUGCGCUGCGGGAGAACUCCUCGAUGUUCUAUGAGCUGCUGCACGAGAAGGGAGGGUCGGUGUUUGUGUGUGGCUCGUCUGGCCGGAUGCCCCAGGCUGUUCGGGAGGCGCUGAUAGAGGCCUUCCAGGCUCCACUGGGCGAUUCCGCAGAGAGCAGACAGAUGGCGGAGAAGUACCUGAUAGACAUGGAGAAGGUCGGGCGAUACAAGCAGGAGACGUGGUAG